UUCUACUGCUACUAUUAGUAGUUUUACCACAGAAAGUACCAGUCAUGAUACUGAAAUUUUACCAUUUAUUUGGGAUGAAAUAGCAUUUAAAAAUGCUCAAGAUUUAUUAGAAAUAAAUGAUGAUGAAAUUAAUUGGGAAGAUGCUGAUUUUGAAGAAAAUUUUGAAACAGAAUCAGUCAUUACAAAAUUUACUGAAGAAGAUAUUAAUUAUCAAAUUGAAAACAUUUCUGGAUCAUUAAAUUUAACACCUUGUGUUAUUAUAGAUAUAAUUGAUG